GGGAUUAAUCCGCGGGACCGUUCUGUUCUCUUAUCACCUGGUUCCUCGCCCGACUUCCCUUCGUCAUCGCGCGUCGCGUUGAUCCGGUGUCGAGAAGUGGAUUCCUUUCAAUUUUUUCUGGAAUUUAAGAUUCUCGGUUUUACCUGUUAAGGAUACUUAUCAAACAAAGAUGUUGCGCUCGAUGAUGCAAAAAUUUGCGUUCCUCUACAAGCCUUACGCGUUGGCUUUAAUGUCAAUCGGCUAUAUCAUAGCAGAAUUGGGCCACUUUCUGAUAGGUGUGACGAGCAAAGCGGUCGCCGAGGACUUGCACUACGGUGACAUAUCCUGCCAAUUUAAUUCGACGACGUUGACGGUGGCCGACCUUCCGGUGCCAUGCGAAACCGCGAAGAAUUCUACCUACUGCCAAUCCCUGGAAUUGAACGGGUCCUAUUACUGCGAGUGGAAUUACAAUGGCCUCGGUCUGGACUAUCAAAUCUUGGCGGGGCCCAGCUUCAUCGCGAUCUACACGAUCGUCGGUAUUAUCCUGGGAGUCGCGGCUGAUAGAUACAACAGAGUGAAACUGCUGACCGUCUGCACUAUAAUAUUCAGCGUUGCAAUCAUCUUGAGCGGGGCCGUGAUUGAAUACUGGCAGCUCGUUAUUCUGCGAAUGGUCCUGGCGGCGGGAGAGGCGGGAUGCAAUCCACUGGCGACUGGUCUUCUGUCAGACUGGUUCCCGGAAGAACAACGAGGCCUCGUCAUGUCCAUUUUCAAUUGGGGCAUUUAUGGCGGUUACGGCAUCGCCUUUCCGGUCGGUCGAUACAUACCUGAUCUGAACGCCUGGGACCUGGGCUGGAGGAUCUGUUAUUAUGGAGCCGGAGUGAUCGGCUUAAUCAUCGCCGUCUUUACCGGUCUGUCGUUAACCGAACCGGAAAGAAAGACGAUCGGAGAGGAAUCGACUAACGACAGAGAGCGACUAUCGAUUUGGAAAGUGCUACUGCAACCGCGCAUUGUUCUCUUAUGCCUCGCCGCCAGCAUCAGACAUAGCGGCGGUUUGUGUUUCGCUUACAAUUGCGAUCUGUACUACAGAGACUACUUUCCGGACUAUGAUCUCGGCUGGUGGCUUUUCGCCGUCACGAUUGUCAUCGGUAGUCUGGGUGUCGUGAUUGGUGGAAUAAUUAGCGACAAGUUCGUAGCAAAAAUGGGAAUUCGUUCGCGUGUAGCGUGUCUGGCGAUCAGCCAGCUAAUCGCAACGCCGUUCGCAUUCGGUUCGGUGUAUUUCAAUCCUCUUUGGGCCAUGAUCACACUAGGAAUCUCUUAUUUCUUCGCUGAAAUGUGGUUCGGAAUAGUGUUCGCUGUUGUGGUGGAGAUUGUUCCUUUGAAACUGCGAUCAACCACCGUUGGCGUUUUCCUGUUUGUCAUGAAUAACAUUGGCGGAAACUUACCAAUUCUUGUCGAGCCUACCAGAAUAGCCAUCGGUUUCCGGGAAUCGUUGUAUAUUUAUUACGCUGGCUUCUACGGCAUCAGUUCCAUUAUGUUCUUCUUCACCAUGUUCCUAAUGGACGGUCCCGCGGAGGUGGAGAGAAAAGUGAACAAAGAGGCUCCGCCAGCGUACGACAAUAGCACAUUUACUAACGACGAUGGCCAAUUGCCAACGUUGGAACUGCCACCGUUUCCGGCGCGACCACCGAUCUACGAACAUUCUCGGUUAUGAGCAGGAAAAGGCUCUUGCUCCGAAGAGUGUAAUGUAAAUAGUGUUUCAGUUAUGUUGGACUAGACAUGAGUCAGGUAGUUUAAGAUUGACGACAUUAACGUCGAUCGGAAAUUUGUUACAAGAAGUGUUUCACACCGUCAACAGAGAGAAAUUGAAAUUGAUAUAAUCCAUAUUUACAGUGGAAAAAUACCAGAUAUUUUGUUUGUGAUAUUUUUUGCGUCUUCCGUCGGUCAAAUGUUGAUGGGUUAAAGUUCUUCAAAACCGAGACUUGCGAAAUUGUGCACAGGCACGAUUUACAAAGCAGCAACUGCGAUAAUUAAAGAGUUUUGUUUUGUUUGAACGUGGCAUGUUGCAAAACAUUUACGAGCGCAUGGCGGAUUACAUAACGCUCUUGAUAAAGAAGUUUAUAAAAAGAUUGAUAAACUCUCCGACAAUCUUCAAGAUGCGUUUUGUGUUCUUAAAAUAGAAGUCUGUAAUGAAGUGAGCGUCUGCAGGUGUAAGUUUUA